ACAUUGCAUCACAUGAGAUAUUUGAUUCCUUAAUAGGAUGAACCAUACUCUAUGGCUUAGGAUGACUAGAGUAACCCUUCAAAUUUUCCAAGUUUAGCAAAGCGCAUCCACUUCUAAUUAACUUGAGCUCAUUAUCGUGAGAAGGAGGCAGACUUUCUUGCCGAGGAAAAGCAAAAGAAUCCAAACAGACACUCCAACAUUCACUAUCAAUAGCAACCAAUUUCGAUCCCUCUUGAGCAACAUGAAAAAAAGCAUGGACAAAAGUCCUCUAAGAAUUAACACUACCUAAUGCAGGGACAAAAACUGAUACCAUAAACCCUUAAUCUUCACACUUAACUACAAAAACCAUCCCCAUCUAUUACAACGAGAUUGAAUUUUCCACCAAAGGCAACCAAAUCGUCUAUAGUGCUCAAAUUCAAUCAAAUUUGAGCAACCAUUAAAGACAUUGGAAAUCCAUUCAAUCAACAUAAGUGGAAAAUUAAUCCAUCGCUUUCGAUUGUUAUAGAAUCAGCAAUUUUUAAGAAACCAUUACUCAGCUCCGAUUGAAAAGCCUUACCUUUGAUUUGGAUUCUCAUCUUCAACUUCAAUUGACUGAGUUUGCUGAAAACCCACCAAAAAAACGUUACCUACAAUCUGACAACUACAAACCAGAGCACAACAAAGCAACUUGAAGAAGGGAACAAACUGAGACAGAGCCUAGAGAGCAAAUUAAUUGGAAAACGACUGAUUUAGAGGGGAUUUAUGGGAAUUAUAGAAAAAGAAAACUAGAGGAGGCAGUGAAAACGUGGAGGAAAAUCAUCAGGGAGAGGAGGUCGACCCUGCGACGGCGCACACCGGAGGGAGAAACGUAGGAGGCGCCGUCGCAGGGGAGGCUGGAGGCUUGCUAGCUAGGGUUCGACAACGUUUUGAAAAGAACAGAGCAGAUAAAGCUGGGAAUUGAAAGAUUUUUUUUUGUUUAUUUAUUUUUUAAGGUAGUAAUUAUUUUGGCUCAUACAGUUGUAACUGUUGAAUUUAUGCGGGUUAUAUUUUUUUUGGGCUUGCUUGGGUAGGAGUAAUGAAUUUCAUUGGAUAAUUUAUGGCUUUUGAAGGAGGUAAAUUAAUUAGUCAUUUCAUCAUGAAUUGAGCCAGCACAUGGACUGACCCAAACAAAUACAUAUAUAUAUACAUAUCCUAUGAGACUAUGUUUAACUAUUUUCUAAAUAAUUCUAUUCAUGUGCUUAAGUUGUUGGUUAAAAGAAAACAAUGCAUUAGAUUCCUAAGUAUAUGUUAAUAAAAUUAGAAAUGAGCAAGUUGUUAACGAAUCUUCAUAGAUUCCUAGACAUGAUAGGAGCAAGCCAGUGGAUUUUUGUCUAAAUAUGGUUAUCUUGUAUGUUUCUGUUGGGCUAAUAAUACUUCAUAGAUUCCUAGACAUGAAGGAGCCAAGCAGCUUCACUUUUCAAGCACUAAAUCCUCUCAUUCACUAUAAAAGCAAGUUGACUAACUAGGAAAGCAUAGUAUUAGAGCCUUUCACUUCAUAUUCUAGCUCUCUGUCUUCCAAACAAAUUAAACUAAGCUAAACAAUCUAACUCUGUCUUCCAAACAAAUUAAACUAAGCUAAACAAUCUAACUCUGUCAUACCCGUGAAUCGUGAUCUAACUAGCUUAAUCUAGCAGCCGACGGCGAAAGUAAAUCUACUGAAGGAUGAAAACGACGGAACGAUUUCUUUUGAUAGUGAUAUCAAUAUUGGUCAUCGGAUUACCGACUUGGGCAGCAGAUUUAACCUUUAACGUCGAAACAGCUACCAAAGAUACCUACUCUCAACUUUUAAACAAUGUGCGUGGUAAAGUGAAAAAUGCAAAACUUAAAUAUGGUGGCACAAAUGUACCAGUAAUGGCUGCACCUACAAAUCCACCAAAGUAUCUUUUGAUUGAUUUGAAGGCUGGAGUAGUUUCCAUCACAAUUGCUCUCGAUAAAAACGAUUUAUAUGUGGUGGGUUAUCUUGACAAAAGCGAGGAUGGAAAGCCUAGAGCACAUUUCUUUGCUGAUUCUCCAGCAAUUGCAAAGACAACUCUUUUCCCCGAGGCAAAGGGUGCUAAAUAUCGUCUUCAGAUGAACUAUAAAGGUACGUACGGUGAACUUGAGAAAAAUGCUAAGGCUGAUAGAAGCAAAGUGGGUUUAGGUAAACAGCCACUAAAGAAAUCAAUGGAUCAAGUUUACGGAAAGAAGCUCGAUGUCCCAACCGAAGCUAAGUUUAUGCUUGUUGCAAUCCAAAUGUUUGCGGAGGCAACACGAUUCAAGUAUAUUGAAAACAAGAUCAUUGGGCAAAAGUUCGAUCAGGUUUACAACCCAGAUCAUAAAUCGAUCAAAUUUGAGCUCAGUUGGCAGAAAAUUACUAAAGGUAUUAAGAGUUCUAAAAAUGGUGUCAUCUCACCACCGAUUGAUUUAGUUGAUGCUCAAAAUAAGCCUUGGAAAGUGUCCAAAGUCAGUGAUGUAAUAAAUGACAUGGGUCUAUUAAAGAAUGAAGGCAACAGUCUAGUACAUCUAUUUUCUGACGUCUUCUUAAGGUUUCUCGCGUCCAAUAAUGGUGAUGAUCUUCAGUUAUGAAAUACCCCUUAAAUUUCAUGUUGCUGACCAAAGAAAAGUGGUUGUAAUGCUAUGGAUACAUUUCGGUGCAUUGUGAAAUAAAGCACUUCUAUGUUAAGGUGCGCGUGUUGCAUGGUUUGUUGAA